AUGACAGGCAGCCUGGAUUCAGAGGCAGAUGGUGUAAAAGAGGCUUCACAGACACAGGGACCAGGUGGUCCAGUCGGGGACACAGGUUUACCAGGACCUCAGGGGUCCCAAGGACCACAGGGACCGAGUGGACGCUCCAUCAUGGGGGGCCCAGGUGCUCCAGGAGAGGGAGGACAGAAAGGUGAAGCUGGACCACAAGGAACACAGGGAGUUUCUGGCAGACCUGGAGCUCCAGGCCGAGAAGGACCUGCAGGGGUCAGAGGCCUGCUAGGCAAAGACGGCUCCCAGGGCAGACAGGGCGCGUCAGGAGCUACUGGGACGCCAGGAGCCCCGGGGUCCCCGGGUAACCCCGGCUCUCCAGGGAAAAUGGGAGAACUGGGCCCCCCGGGUCUUCUGGGAGGCAAGGGGGAGAAAGGUGAACGGGGAGACCUCCAGUCCACAGCUUCAGUUCAGACCAUCGCCAGGACGGUCUGUGAGCAGCUCAUUGAGAGCCACAUGGCUCGCUACAACUCCAUCCUGAACCAGGCGCCCAGUCCACCAGUGUCCAUCCGCACGGCACCAGGACCCCCCGGAGAGCCUGGCCGACAGGGGACCCCAGGGACUCAGGGAGAGCAGGGGCCCUCAGGAAGACCCGGCUUCCCAGGGCAGAAUGGACAGAACGGGCAGCCAGGAGAGAGAGGUCAACAAGGAGAAAAGGCGGAGAAAGGGUCUCCAGGCGUUGGAGUCCAAGGCCCCAGAGGACCCCCAGGCCCCCCCGGAAACCCGGGGCAGGGCAGAACUGGCAGCCAGGGCACCUCAGGCAGACCUGGAAAUCCUGGAACUGCUGGGCGGCCCGGGGUCCCAGGGCCCGUCGGUUCCGCUGGGCCCCCGGGGUACUGCGACCAGAACUCCUGCAUGGGCUAUAACGUUGGAGUCCAACUGCCGCCCAACGUCUUCCAGAACUACGGCGAGGCGGAGGAGGAUGACCCGUACCGGUACUACGAGCCCAGCUACCCGGCCCCUAGGCCUGUUGCCCCCGACGACCCCUCGCUCGCCCUGGAGGACAUGGAUCUGAGAUCCUCCGGAGUCCGCCGCAGCUCCCGGAGCGUGGGGGGGGGGGGAGAGAGGGGGGCCCAAGAGGAAACAAAAAAGAGCAGCGAAGAUGCCGCCUGGACUAAGUAAAUGAGAGGAGCUGAUUGGAGGAUGGAGGGCCGUUCCUUGUUUGUGAUUGGGCGGUGUGGAGAAGUUAAGGACUAAUCAACAAGUGCCUGAUGUAGAGGAUUUCUUAUGAACAUUAUAAAGGGGGCAGGGUGGGGGUCAGUUUGGGACUAAUUUCACUAAUCUACGCUAUUGAAUUAUCUCCAAAACAGGUUUACGUUGUUUGAAUUGGUUUGUGUUAUUUUUGUGUCACAGUUUCAGCCUAACUGGGAUAUAUACUUUAACGGUUUCUCUGAUCAAAGUCAAGUCUCUCAAACAUUUCGUCCUUUAAUUAUUGGGUUAUUUGUUAUGUACCUGGUUGGUUAAGUGCCUCCUAAUAUUGCUGCGAGCAUUGAUGGCUGCUGUUCACAGUAUGGAUGGUUUACAGUGUGUUGAGUUCAAAGAGAAGAGGCUUUAUUUGUGCAAACAUUUACAAAUAUGUAAUUUGUUACCUUGAACAAAUACAGAUUUAUCUACGUUUUAACUGUUUUUGGAAACAUGUGGGACAUUGUGAGUACAUACUCAACAAAAAAUCUAACAUAGGACUAGACAUUUUUAUACAUUUUAUUAUGGGAAUAAACUCAUAUUAUAAGUCCCAUACCGAUAUGCUAACAGCUAAUGUUAGCUCCAUCUGUUGCUUCACAUUAAAGAUCUCUGGCAACUCAACCAACCUACACAAGAUGUACAGCAAAUCAGCAGGAAGUGAUCCAGAGUCUGAACCUGAGUCUUCACUCUUAUUUUAAUAUGUUUUUUUGUUUCCUCCAUGUGUUUGUUUCAAGGUUCCUAAUAGUAGAACCCAGGUGAUUUUAAUCUUUACAAAAAAAAAACAAAGAAGCAGUUAUUUAUGUUCAUGUUUUUGUUCUCCAUUUAUCAUGUGAUGUAUCAUAUUUUUAGUCUGAGAGAGCCUUAGACACAUUUUACAUUUUAAGAUCAUUAUUUUUGUUUUGUUUCAAUCACAUUCAGUUACAGUGUUACGCUCAAACUGAUGUUGCUCUGUAUUUGAGAAGGUUGAUGAGAAGUUGUAAAAAUUAGACAAAAACAGAUAUUAUAUUUCUGAGUAAAAGUUUUUCAGUUUAGCUGUCAGGUUUGUGACAGAAGCUGUUUGUCAUGGGAGUGAUAUGUUUUUGUAUUUCUAAGACUUGCAAUCUGUUUUAUUUUCUUUCUUCCUUUUUUGUUUUGAUUUUGGAUUUACUUUUUCAGGAGCACAUGAAAAGUGAAAAAUAAUCUAGUAACCAUGUUCUAAGUGUCUGCUGUGUGUUUGUCUUGUCAGAACAGGUGGAUGAAUAUAUACAUCUAAUUGCCAGGAUCAUUGCACUUUCCACCAGAGGCAGAACUUCAACACCACCACGUUAUAAAUAAGACUGGAAAUUAAUUUGUAGUUAAAAAAAAAAAA